AUGUCAGCUUCUACACAUGAAGGUUCAAACGCUGCCAAACUUGAGGGUCCGCCAUUUGGUGACACGAUUGUCUUUUACCCUGUACUCACCGUACGCAACCAACAACUGAUUCCUGACCUCUCGGCCAGCAUACAGAAGGGCUUCUUUCAAGUUGACCACAAGUGGACCUGUUACCGGCGGAAUUACUUUGCGGUCUCUUGCUCCUUCGUGUUGAAGAACCAUGGGGCCGAAGGGCCAUUUUACCUCCAGAGAAACGGCCACGAAGAACAAAUUCAUCAAUUUUCGGUUGCCCUCUCCGCCAAAACUGCCCCGACAGGAAAUGGCGAGAGUGAAAGCCGUGGCCUUGUUCAGCACACUCCCAAGCGAGACAAGGCGACGGAGUCUAUCCCCGGAAGACACUUGAUUUCACCAACACCUAACCAGGCGAUGGGGCCAAACGGUGUGUUUUUGGGAGCUGGCUCAUUGUACGGUGGUUCGCAGCAUAUGCCACCCGCAUUGAUGGGAAAUUAUGGCGUGUUCGACAAUUCUGGCACAAACUCGAUUCCUACAACACACACCUUCGAGAGGAUCCAGUUCCAAAAGGCUACCGCCAACAAUGGGAAACGCCGAGCCCAGCAGCAGUAUUUUUUGGUGGUUGUCGAGCUGUCUGCUAACAUAGCGCGAACACCUGGUGAGGAGAACUGGGUUGUGAUUGCGAGCAAAGAGUCAGACCCAAUGGUGGUUCGUGGUAGGUCCCCUGGGCAUUAUAAAGACAAUGGACGACGGGACAGUCAUUCGAGCAUGGAUCCUGACCGAGGACCCGGCACUGGGGGAGAGGGGACCCCGGCGUCACUUCCACCAGGCAGCUAUGGACAUCAUGCAAUGGACUGGAUGGCCACCCAUCGACAAGCCACGCAUUUCAGUGGUCCUACCUACCGCCAGGCGGUGAAAACCAAACGCUCGCGCACAAGCGUGGCAUCAUCGAGCAUAAUGACCGGGUCUCCCCAAGAGGUCGAGCUUCAUCUCUCUGAUACGCUCUCGAAAAAGUCAUCAUGCACUUUCUCAUCUGACCAAUCUGUAUCAACUCCGCUAUCAGAAAGUAGUGAGGAUCUGGUGUUCAGCUUUGACCGACAUCACCACAAUCUCACCCGGAAACGAGCCUACGAGGACGACGACGGGGAUGAUCACCUGCGCUUCAAUCUCCCGGUUCCGUUCACGGACAGUGUCUCAUCACUUAAUGACUUCUCAGCCACCCCGUACUCCAAACUUCUCUGUGCUUCCUCAUGA